AACAAACCCAGAAAACAAUUGCUAAAUUAAUCUUAAAAAACCAGAAUUAUCAGCAAAUUAUUAAACAAAAAGACCAACAAUUAAAAAGUAAGCGGAUUAAAACCAAUAGGAAUAAGGCCCGAUUAUUAAAUAAGCAACAGACAGAAAUUAAUAAUCAUAAUUGUUCUUGUCCGAAAGUAUGCUGUGCUAAUGGCGAUUAUGUCACAAUCAAGCAAGAACGGGAUAAUUAUCAGCAGCAGAUAAACGACCAUAAAUGCCCGUCAGUAGAUAAUAAAGAUAAGCAAAUAUCCGCAUUAGAAAAAGAAAUCCAAAUUUUAAAAGAUAAGCCUCCUGUGGUGGAUAGUUCAGAAGUAGAAAGAUUAUUAGGAGUGAUUGAGGAAAAAGAGAAAGUUAUUAGGGAAUUGGAGGUAAAAUUAGCCGCAGCCAAGCCGCAGAUAUUAGAGGUUGAAAGUGGAGAAGUUAAAGAGUUAAGAAACGAAUUAGUGCGGCAGGAAAGGGGAAUUAAGAGAUUACAU